AUGUCGCAUAGCACUGGCCCCUUUCCCGGGCAGUCGAACGCCGCACUGCCUAAUAUGGCAUGCGGCACCUUCCCGAACCAGCAUGCCGUUCAACCCCCUUCUCAGCACCCGGGACCAUUGAGCUCUCACCCGCCGUUCCGGGGAAGAGCUCCUUCCUUCUAUGGUCAGGCUGCUCCGGGCCAAGGUGCCGGAACCGGGGCCCACUCUGGACCACACCCGAUGGUCAACGGCAACGUCCACGGUAGCAUCAACGGGAAUAUGGUCACGGGCGACGAUUCUUGGAUUCCGUCUGCUCACCAGGUUAUUUCCAAUGCUCUGCGAUCCAGUGGACUUGUCAACGUCCAGAACCACAGCAUGAUGGGAGGCCAAGCUACCAUGAACGGUGCUUCUCAGGAACAGGCCCCUCAGGUGAACGGAGUUGAACCUGGCCCACCUACUGGUCUUCUGUCUCCUCCUCAUAGACACUCGGAGAUGACCCUCUACACUGGAGUCCCCAACAACGGUGGACAUAUCAACCAUGGUCACUCCAACAGUGGACAUUCUGUUCUUGGGCUUCCUGAUGCUGGAAUGCUCAAUGGCGGAACGCCCAACGGUGUGCUCCCUGUCAACGGAGUUCCUAACAAUGGUUUCACCAACAACGGACUUGCUCAUCCUUCAUUUGCUAACACGGGACUUCCCAACGGAGUGCCUUCGAUCAAUGGUCUUCUCGCCAAUGGGGUUGUUCCCAAUGCUGGUUUCCCCAAUACUGGUCCUCCCAACGUUGGGUUUCCUAAUAACGGAGUCGCCAACAAUGGACUUACCAACGGCAGACUUUCCAGUGGUCUGUCUGUCCCUAUGGGCAGACUCCCUCAGAGCCAGUCGUACACUGCUGGUCUCACUCAGAGCAACUCCCAGAACUCUGGUCUCUCGCUCAUGAGCCCUGGCGAUACUCCUCACGAGAUUACCGUUCCUCGCGCUCGAGUUCCUUUCUCCAGCCCCCUUGCUAACGGGCGUCUGACUGAGCCUCGCAACUACGCUCCUCGCACUUCGGGUCAGCCUGUUGAACGUCUGCCCCCUCCUCGCUUCAACCUGAACUUGGAGUCGAUUCCGGCUGUGUCUGAGAAUGUUCCUCAGGAGACGUCCCAGGAUCCAUUUGGAAGCCCUGCUCCUUCUGAUGCUACCUCUCUGACCCCGUUUCCCAACUUGCCACCUCCUACCGUUCAGAUGGCAAUGUUGGACAAUGCGCAGCUGGACCGGGCCAUGGAGAUGGCUCUCAUCAAGGCCAACGUUCCCAAGUCGGACAAGCUUCACCAGCUGACGGGCACGUACACGGGCUUUCCCAGUCUUCAGAUGGCUCUUAACGUGAACUUCUUCCCGUUCAUUGAUGGCCCUAGCUCAGCUAAGCCGGUCACCUACGGUGUCAUCCGCCUGAAGAACAUUCCAUUCUCUACCAAGCGUGCAGAGGUCGUGGCUUUCAUCGGCCGCAAUAGCAAGAUGCUCAAUGAUGCCGACGAGCCGGUGCACAUCAUCAUGGACCGUGCCACGUCCAAGACCAUGGACGCAUUUGUCGAGUUCCAGACCAUGGAGGACGCAAUCCGCUGUGCUGAGCGCCAUCACCAGUUUGCUCAGACCGGACGUGUCAGUCGUCUUGGUGAUCGUCCUAUCGAAGUCGAGCUGUCUAGCCAGGCCGCUCUCAUGAGAGAGCUCUACCCUCUUGCUCGUGGCGUUUUCUGGGAUGGUGCCACUCCUAACAUCCUGCCUCCUUGUGCUCGUGAGCCCUGGGGCAACUUCAAGGGUUUCAUUUCUUGCGAGGAAAUGGUGAUGCUGGUCAAGCAUGUCGAGGUUCCUCACCGAUCCCCUUUCUCCAAGGAGUGUCCCCAGCGCCCCUACGAGUGCCUCAUCAGCACUCUUGGCAAGUUCCCCUGGUUCGCCACUGACUUCAUCACCGUCGCCCAGCGUGGUGCCAUGUACAAGGCCAGCUUCAAGCUGAUCCGUCUGCUUCUCGGGGCCGUUUCCCGAAACGAUGACCCAGUCAACCUCAACCACCAGCUUUUCAGACGUGUUGUUGCCUCGGUCAUGAAGUGUAAGGGGUUUACCAUUCUUCAGAAGGACAACAUUGCGUUCCUAGUUCAGAUGGGACAGGCAGAGCAGCGCAUGUACCACCAACCUGAGAAUGCCAGCUCUUGGGUUCACCAGUACUCUGUUGCGGUCAAGCCUGGUGUCCCUCAGGAUGUUCUUGAUUGGUACAUCCGAGUCAUUCGCGAGCAGUCGACUCGAGAUGUCCUUGUUCGCCCUAUUUCUGAACGCACCGCGAUUCAGGAAACCCUCAAGGAAACGGAUGAGUACUAG